AAUGAAGGCAUCAACAACUCUUGUGCCAUUAACUGAAAACAGAAUACCUUUAGAUUACAAAAUGAUUCAAAAAAACGAAGCCUAUUUAGAAAGCUUUGGAGAAGGCUAUCCUAAUAUAAAAAAUACAAAUGAUUAUUUUCUCUAUCUUCUCAGAAUCUAUGGUGAUUUCUAAAAUAUUGAACUCAAAAGAUUUACCAUAUGUCAUGAAGAUAAACCUUGUGGUUAAAUUGGAUUACAUUCUUUCUGUAUUGAGAAUUUCACAUGUUAAGCUGAAGUAUAUUAUAUUUAUUCAAUAAAGAUUUUCUAUUGGAUAGAUGAAUAAUUUUAAGGAAAAGGAAUUGUUACAAGAGCUUGUUAACAACUCUAAAAACAUGCCUUUGAAGUUCUUGGAUUAGAUCUUCUGAUUAUACAUUGUCAAGUAGAAAAUAUCAAAAGUGCUAAUGUAGCUCUACGAUGCGGAUUCAAUUAUGAAGGUAUCUCUAAUUUAGAUAAUACUUAAUAUAAGAAGUUUAUCAAAACUUUAGAAUAAUAUUAAAAAGAAAUUAUAAAUUGA